AUGUCUUCUUCUAGCAUCCAAAGCCAUUCAAGCGCAAGCCAGUAUGUCGCACCUUCGACAUUUAACAGCGAUAGCCUUCAGAGCUUUCUUAAGCAAGUCAGUGCACUGGCUUCAAGCCCUGAGUCCCAAGCUGCGUCGGUUAUGAUGGAAGAAUUCGGUCAUCAGCGUGAACAAGUCUAUGUCAGAAAUGAAGAGCUGAAGAAAGCCCAAAAUGAAAUCCUCGAUCUAAAGGAGAGAAAGCGAGUUGCCGUUGAGGAGAUGUUUGCAGCCAACGAGAGCGAAAAGGCGAAGCAAAAAGAAGCUCUUAAUCAAGUCGACUCACUUUAUGCAUUAGUUAAACAGAAGGAGCAAUCUCUCACCGAGUGCUCCAAUCUUAAGUCAUCCUACUCAUUGGAGCUCGGCAAAGUUUCUCAAUCAGCAAAGGACAUCAGCACACUUCAACAGAAUUUGAAAGAGAAAGACAAGAUCAUUGACAAGAUAAAGACUACUGGAUCAAGUCUCAAAACAAUGCUUUCAUCAACGCAGCAGAAGAUAGAAGAGCUAAAAGCCGAGAAAGUCACACUGAGCAAAGAACUACAAACGAGCCAAGACCAACUUCGAAAUCUCAAAAGCUUCACUGCUCCGCAAUUGGAGCUUGAUGAAAGCUCAAUUUCGACGAACUUUUCAGAUCUUUGGAUAUUUGCUCUAAGCGAGAUAUUCACUGUCUUGAAGGAGGAUCUUGCUGAAAAAACCUUGAAGGACCAAUCGAUCUGGGAGAAGCUUCGGACAGAGAAUGCUAGAUUUGCCCAGCAAUAUGUCCCUCUAUUACCCUCAAACUCCCCUAAGGCAAAAGGGAUGCGUCUAGCCAUGACUCUGGCUAUUCUUUCGAGGGAAAUUUGCAAAAAUAUCUUCCAGCCUAAUUACAUUUUACCAGAAGAUUCUAAAAUCCACGGAAUCCUCAGCCACCUCGCCGAGAACGAUACCAAGAAGGAAAGUUUUUACCGACAAGUUCUUCUUUCGCUCGAUUUUAAUGCCGAAGAGAGUCUUCUCUAA